GAUAAGAAAUGUCUGGUGGGACAGUGAGAUAAAUGGCUGAGCCCCAAAGAUACAUUUAUAAUGCAGAUAUUUAAAGUGCUUAUCUGGUAUCAGCAAAUUACAUGUAAUUACUGACUGAUACAUUUGUUAUUUCAGGCAUUGAUCAUUGCCUUAGGAAAUUAAGUAAUGUUACCAGGUAACAUUCUUUUGAUGUUGCAUUAAUGUCCCUUUAUUCCCUUGAUUACUGAUGAUGAGUUCAUCGUUUCAGGCAGUGAUCAUUGCCUCAGUGAUAUUGAGUUGACUCUUUAUGAAGUUUAUCGAUGGAUUCUUAAUGUGGUUUUCAUGUAUUGUUUAUAUUCUUGGAGCAGGAUGAAGACUCGCUGUGUAACAAGCUAUGUACAUUCACCAUCACACAGAAGGAAUUCAUGAAUCAACAUUGGUACCAUUGCCACACAUGUAAGAUGGUUGAUGGUGUUGGUGUGUGUACCAUCUGUGCUAAGGUCUGCCACAAAGGUCAUGAAUUAUCCUAUGCCAAGUAUGGCUCUUUCUUCUGUGAUUGUGGAGCUAAGGAGGAUGGAUCAUGCCAGACGCUAGUGAAACGCACCCCAGGGAGCAACCUGGAGUCCAGCAUGUCCAACACAUCUGUCACCUCCCCUUUCUCUUCCUCCAACGCCCAUCCCUCAUCCCACCAAGCCCCACCCUCCAGGGGCGGUAGCUCCAAGAGUUCCACCCUCAGACACCGUGGAGGAGGAGGGAGUAGCACCGGAGCGUCCACCGCCGUGCCCUCGUCGAUGGUGGGGAGUGUCCUCUCGUCGCCCGGAAACCGUAUCCAGGGAAGUGGCGUAGGUGGUGGGGAGAGCGGUGGCGGCAAACCCAGCGAGGAACUGCUCAAAUUUAGACAGAUGCUUGGACGUCAACUGGAGAAGAACAGAGACGCCAUUCUCAAACUCCUUGAGCAGAAUGGAAUGGCUACCCAUGUGAUAGAGCUUCUUCAGUCUCUUUCGGAACCCAUCGAGACUCACUGUAGCCGUACCUCGGCCGUUGGCUCCACCGCCAGGGCUCAGAAGGCACUCCAGAACCUACACACCAGGGAUAAGAGCACAGAAAGCACAGACCAACUCAUGGUUCCAACUCUUGGCUCCCAGGAGGGGGCCUUUGAGAACGUCCGCGCCAACUUCUCUGGCGACCAGGGCCAGACCAUCCGCCAGCUUCUUGGAGCUCACAUGCUACGGCGGGUUGCCAUGUGCUGCCUGGCUUCCCCCCACGGUCGCAGGCAGCACCUUGCGGUGUGCCACGAGAAAGGACGCAUCACACUGCUGCAGCUCUCAGCUCUACUCAAACAGGCUGACUCCAGCAAGAGGAAACUGACUCUUACUAGAUUGUCAUCAGCACCUGUACCAUUCACUGUACUGAGCAUCACAGGAAACCCUUGUAAUGAGGAUUACUUGGCUGUGUGUGGAUUGAAGGAUUGUCAUGUAUUGACCUUCACAAGUUCUGGAUCGGUAGCGGAUCACCUUGUCCUUCAUCCUCAGCUAGAAGCAGGUAACUUCAUCAUCAAGGCAGUCUGGUUACCAGGAUCUCAGACACAGCUAGCCAUCGUCACUGCUGAUUUUGUCAAGAUCUACAACUUGGCCAAGGAUGCUCUGAGCCCAACCUUCUACUUCCUGGUGCCCAGCGGUAAGAUCCGAGAUGCCUGCUUUGUAUUUGACUGCGAGGAGCACUCCAGAACUCUGGUCCUGAUGUCCUCUGCAGGGUACCUCUACACGCAGCCCAUGGAGGAGGCCAGUGAGGCCAAGCAUGGGCCGUUCUACGUCACUAACGUACUGGAAGUUAAGCAUGAUGAUCUGAAGGAUUCUGGUGGCCAGAUCGCAGGAGGAGGAGUUUCCUGUUACUACUCUCAUACUCUGCAACUUCUCUUCUUCAGCUUUGCACAAGGUAAAUCUUUCUGUGCUCCUAUCAAGAGCCAGCACCUCUCCAUUGACAAGCUCUUCCCCAUCACCAUCAAGAGCAAUGGAUCGGGUAAAUCCAACAACCCACCUCCCCUCUGCCAGUGGAGCGAGGUUCCUAUGCAUCCAGGCCUGGUAUGCUGUCUGACCCAGACCAACAGCAUCCCUGUUGUCAUGAUGGUGGAACCUGAUCGUAUCAGGGUCCAAGAGAUCAAGACGCUGCCUGCCAAGGCUAAGGUCCAAGACAUGGUGGCCAUCCGUCACACCUCUUCCACCGACCAGCAUCGUACCACCCUGAUCCUGCUCUGUGAGGAUGGCAGUCUGCGUAUCUACAUGGCCAACGUUGACAGCACGGGAUUCUGGAUGUCACCCCAGUUCCAGGCUUCCAGCUCCAUCAGUACCCUCAAACCAGUCCGCAAGAAGAAGGCCACCAAGUCUGGGCGCCCAACUGGCCAAGUGAGCUUCCCAGUAGAUUUCUUUGAGCAUUGUCAAGCAAUGAAUGAUGUAGAGUAUGGAGGUAACGAUCUUCUUCAGAUCUACAAUGUACAACAAAUAAAGCACAGGCUGAACACAACAGGCACCUAUGUGGCUAGCACUAAGUUUGGUGGUUUCAACAUUGAAGUGAUGAACAAUAAUAAUUCCAUGGUGAUGUUGGGCGUCAGAGUUCACGUCGGAACCCAAGCCAUUGAGAAAGCGCCCUCUUACCUUGAAGUCUUUGGUAGAACCAAUCAGGUGACCCUGACUAGAAACAGAUGGUUUGAUAUGCCAUUUACCAGGGAUGAGUCUCUUACUGCUGAUAAGAAGUUUACGCUCUUUGUCGGUCCGUCAUCAGAUCCAUCGGGCGUGACAAUGGUAGACUCCAUCAAGGUGUAUGGCAAGACCAAGGAAGCGUUUGGUUGGCCAGACGAUCCUCCCGACGACUUCACCACCUCCACCUCCAACACCGCGACCUCCGGUGCCGCCAGCAGCAACAGUAGCACCAGCAGCAGUGCAGUCUCCGCAGCCGUCACCAACGGUACCGGCUCCGCUGGAUCAGGGGGAGCGAGUACAACAUCCGUGACAGCCUCUCAGAUAUCGGUCGCACAUGCUGGGGAGAGUGAGGUCAUUGUUCCACCUCCCAUCCCACUCACUUCGUUGGAUCGUCUGGUGGCAUCUUCCCUGGAAGUCCUGGAUGGCUUUGUCUCCCUUGUACAGAUGGAUGAUAGGGAACCUACCAAACAGACCAUUCGGGAUCUAGCCACUCAACUCUUAAUCAUGCCGACACCGACAUCGGUUCAGCAGUUUACCAAGACACUACUGGCCUCUGUGCAGCCUUCAAACAUUGCUUAUCAUAACCACAAGGACCAGGCCCAGUUAUCCCACGUGGUGCAAUGUCUCGGCUCUGCCUUCGCAUCCUCUGGCACCUCUCCAUCUCCUGGUAUGAUGGCUACCCUUGCCCCGCCCUGUUCCACUGAUGCGAUCUCCGACGGCAGACCCGCUGAGCUGGAUCCAGAGGCAUACCAGAGGUUGGUGGUGACGGCCCGCUCCGUGGCCGUCUCUCGGCCUCAGAACCUGGUCAGGUUCGCCGCUGGCUCUGGUUCAACAACAGAGGGCAGGCUUCCAACUGUGAGACAUAUUGGAGAUUUGGAAGUCACCGAAAUCGAGAUCGAGGACAAGCUACACCCUUCAUCCUCAUCGUCAUCGACCUCCAUCUCCUCAUCAUCGUCCUCUACCCCAACAUCGACGACCACCACCAGCACAGCCUCGUCGGACCUGAACAACGACCAGCCAUUGCCGUUUGUCUCCAAGAAGUUGGUGAUGACUGAUGCCGAGUCGAAGCACUUCUUGACCAAGUUGAUGGAUGCCUUCUGGAGACUUCAUGAUGGUAGACCAGCCAACCCUAUGCUUGCUCCUGCGUGCCUACCAGGACUGACCCAUAUUGAGAUCACCAUUGGAGCCUUGGUAGAUGUCAUCCAUGCCUUUGCUUACAGUGACCCCACCAAUGUUACCUUGGCAACCAAGCUACUGAUGAAGAUGCUCGUCUGUGAGGAUACCCAGGUGAGCUUUGCCGCCAAGCAAGCCCUGAUCAGAGUGAUGCGACCCCGACAGAAACGUCGCCGGGUCAUCAUCCCUUCCCCACCCCAAUGCAGCUCGCCGCCCGUACCCGACGAAGGGGCCGAGCUGAACGUGGACGCUGAGGAGGACGAGGAGGAGGAAGAGGAGGAAGAAGACGAGGGCGACAUGGAGACCGGAGUGAUGCAGGGGGUCGAGGAGGAGGAUGAAGAAGAUGAUGAGGAGGAAGAUGAUGAGGAUGAGAGAGAGAUUGCCAUGCAUCAGGAAGGUGACGAUGGAGAAGGUAUCCAGGAUGAGGCUUCCUAUGAAGUGGUGGAGCACUCAGAGCCCAUGGUCCUAGAACCUGGCGAUGCCGCCGGUAUCGGUGGCGGAGCCAACAACCAGCUCCCUCUGGAAGCCCUCCUGGGCGGGCGUGGCGGUUUCGCCCCCAUGCUUGAGAUACCGCCUGAAGCCGAUGACGAAGCCAUGAUGGAGCUUGCUAUUGCUCUGAGCCUCCAGGAGCAGUCUAACCAAGGUGGAGCUGGAGGGCUGAACCUCCAGGGGCUUGGGCUGGGUGUAGGACGAGGACAAGGACAGAGUUCUUUGUCGCUGGAAGAAGGACCCCUCUCUGAUACCACAGCAUCGGCUGCGAGUGAUGAUGAAGGAAGCACCGCAGCAACGGAUGGAUCAACCUUGAGGACAUCCCCUGCAGAGCAGGGAGGAAGUGCUGGAUCUGAGAGCGGGGCGAGUGCAGUAGACUCUAUCACUGGAGAACAUAGUGUGAGCGGACGAAGCAGUGCCUAUGGUGACAUGACCCAGGAACAUGCCUCCACCCAGGGCGAGAGCGUAUCCAGCGGUAGCGGGAUGGUUGGUCAGUCCACUGGCCGGGAGGAGAGCAAUGAUAUGACCGAGAACCUGACAGACAUUGAUGGAGGUCACAGGAUGCAUACCCUGAGGCUCCUACUCCUAGAGAGGCUCCUGGAGUAUCUACCAGAUCUCAGGAUCGUUGGUGGUGUCAGGGCAAUACCAUUCAUGCAGGUGAUUCUUAUGUUGAGCUCAGACCUUGACCCGGAGGACGACAAGGACAAGGCGGCCCUCGAUCGUCUCCUCACCAUUGUCCUCUUCGAGCUCCAGCUUGACCGGAAGACCUUUGGCGAUGUCUCCGCCCGUACCCCUCACCACGAGGUGCAGUUGAUCGUCAUGAGACUACUGAGUGUCUUCAUGUCACGCACAAAGUCUGGUACCAAGCAAGCCAGCGAGUCAUCCACUCAGAUCUCUCAUGCUACGGCAGCUGCCUUACUGAGUUGUGGAGCGGUGGAUCAUUGUCUACUGAUCCUCAAAGCAUUACUGGACCACUGGAAGGAAACAGGCAUUGAUGAUGAGCCUGCUUCGCCAGGAGGGAACCUCCUCAAGCCUCACCCUCCCUCAGCUCCUCCUGACAUGUCGCCAUUCUUCUUACGUCAGUAUGUCAAGGGUCAUGCUGGUGAUGUGUUUGAAGCCUACCCACAGCUGUUGACUGAGAUGGUCCUUAGAUUGCCAUAUCAGAUGAAGAAGAUAUGUGACUCAGCUCCUUCUGUCGGUAUCCCCAUCUUCGAUCAAGCCUGGUUCUACUACCUUUGUGAGUACAUGAUGACCCAGCAAACACCGUUCGUGAGACGUCAGGUUAGGAAGCUCCUUCUCUUCAUCUGUGGAUCGAAAGAAAAGUACAGGCAGUUGAGGGAUCUACAUGCAUUGGAGUCACACAUGAGAGAUAUCAAGCAAAUCUGCUCUGAGAAUGGUCUUCAUUUGGAGACUGUAUCAACCACUCCUAUAUCACUACCUUAUGAUACACUUAUCACUCUGAUUGAGCAUCUGAAAGCAUGCCAAGAAGUGGCUACUUCCAGAACGACAAACUGGCAGAAGUUUGCCAUCAAGGAUGAGACUGUUAUCCCCAGCCUUCUGCAAGCGAGCUUCCAUCUCGAUGAAGGAGUGUCGCCUCUCGUUCUUCAGCUUCUGACCUGUGCUCUCUGUGGAGUCAAAGGUCAACCAGCAUCCUCAAGCUCCUCUUCGUCGUCCUCGUCAAGCUCCAGGCAGAAGAGGGAACGUGGGAAGGAGAAAGACAAGGAGAAGAGCAAGGAUAAAGACAAAGAUAAAGAUAAAUCUGAAGAGAAAGAGAGCCCUCCAGUACAUGAUGAAGUGCUAUGUCAGGCAUUGGUGAAUCAGCUCAACAAGUCUAUCGGUCGUGACAUCCUCCGUCGUUUCAUCAGAACUCAUCUUCUAGAGUCUAACAACACGGCACUACGCUGGCAAGCUCAUGGGUUCUUGCUCUAUAUCUUCAGGAGUUCUCCACCAGCCAAGCAGGAAGAGCUCCUGGAGCUGAUGUGGGAGCUAUGGCCGGAGCUAUCCAACUAUGGACGCAAGGCAUCACAGUUUGUUGACCUCCUGGGCUACUUCUCACUCAAGGCACCCUACACUGUAGGCAAGUCCCUGCAGUACGUCCAAAAGGCUGCCACUCUACUGAAGACACAGAACCAAUGCCUCGCCAACCAUCCUAACUCCAACAUCUACAACAUGUUAGCAGGAUUGGUAGAGUUUGAUGGCUUCUAUCUGGAGAGCGACCCUUGUCUGGUAUGCAAUAAUCCAGAAGUACCCUUUACCAAUAUGAAACUGACAGCCUUGAAGGUUGACUCACGGAACACGGCCAACUCCCAGAUCGUGAAGCUCGUCGGCACCCAUACCAUCGCCAAGGUAACGCUUCGCAUCAGCGAUCUCAAACGCACCAAGAUGGUGAGGACAAUCAACAUCUACUACAACAACCGCACCGUCCAGUCUGUUGUUGAACUCAAGAACAAACCUACCAUCUGGCACAAGGCCAAGAAAUGUGUGCUCGCCGCUGGACAGACUGAACUCAAGCUUGAAUUCCCCCUUCCCAUCGUCGCUGCGAACAUCAUGAUCGAGUACGCCGACUUCUACGACAACCUGACCGCAUCUGCCGAGACUCUGCAGUGUCCUCGCUGCAGUGCUUCGGUGCCGGCCAAUCCCGGCGUCUGCGGCAACUGCGGGGAGAAUGUCUUCCAGUGUCACAAGUGCAGAGCCAUCAACUACGAUGAGAAAGAUCCGUUCCUCUGCAACUCCUGCGGAUUCUGCAAGUACGCCAAGUUUGACUACACCCUGACAGCGAGGGCGUGCUGCGCCGUUGAUCCCAUUGAGAACGAGGAGGAUAGAAAGAAGGCCACUACCAGCAUCAAUUCGUUGCUUGAGAGGGCAGACCGUGUCUACCGCCAGCUGGUUUCACACCGCCCUCAACUUGAAGCUCUGUUAGUCAAAGUUCAUGAAGCGGGUGGGGAGAAAUCUUCGGAUCUUGCAACUGGAGCCUCCAGUGGUCCUUCAGGGAGCUCCGGGGUGGCCACUGUCAACCGUGUGAUCCAGCUCCUGGCUCAGCGCUACUGUGGAGACUGCAAGGGAACGUUCGAGGAGCUUAGCAAGAUCAUACAGAAAGUCCUUGCCUGCCGUAAGGAGCUUGUUGAGUAUGACUGCCGGCAGAGGGAAUCCUCCUUGAAAGCGGGAGGACCUCACUCGGGAAUGACACCCCUCAUGUCACCCCUACCCAGCCCUCACCCCACCCCAACAGCCAGCACCAUGGCCAUGGAGGUCGCCAGCUGCCAGCAAGAAAGGAGUCUUGGGCGUUGCUAUGGAUGUGCAGCUGCUGCUACGGAACAUUGCGUGACCCUUCUCAGAGCCCUGGCUUCUCAUCCAGAAACCAGACAGAUAUUGGUCAACCAGGGGCUAAUCCAGGAGUUGGUUGGUUACAACAUGCGACGUGGAUCUGCCAUCAUCCGAACAGAAGUGCGCCAGCUACUGUUCCUGCUAACCCGAGACAACGCCCCGGCCACUCAGUUACUCAACAACAUUCUCAUGGCUAGGAUCGGUUCCGCCCUCCAAGGUCAUAGGUCAAACCCAGACUUGGCUGGUGCUGUGCGUAAUGAGAUGGCUCUCUUGAUCCAUACCAUUGAGAAGGAUGACUCGUGCUGGGAAAAGAGACUCAAAUGUGUGAUGAAAUUGUUCUUGAUGGCCGUCAAGACAUGCAACCCAGUCGUGAUGGAGAACAUCACGUUGCCAUGCCUACGCAUCCUUCAUCAUCUUGUCAAGCCUCCGCAACCAACCAGCAAGAAGAACAAGGUACUUGAGAAGACGGUUGAGAAUCUAAGCACCGUGAAGCCAGCAGGAAGUGAUAUUUACAUCAACACGACCCGAUGGAUGGGAGGAGAGGGUCCUGUAGGGUACACUCAAUGGAAGACCAGAGUCCCCGCUAACAAAACAGCUGCAUCACCAGAAACCAGUGAGAAGAAGCUCCCGUCCCAGCAGGCAAGGUCGCGGUACCUGAUGGAGAAGUAUGGUAGACGUUGGAUGGCAACCACCAAGAAAUCACCAGAUACCCUCAAUCUUGGUGGUAACACCUGGCUGUGUAGGGUUCUUUUCUCCUCGUCCUCAAGAGCCGCACGACAGGUGGCUUCUAACAUAGUAGAGAGCGUCUGUCAGGUGUCCAGCCGUCGCCAGCAGAUGCUAGACCUACUGACCAGCUACUUGGACCAGGUCGGACCAAGCGGGGAGAGUGCCCAGGAGUUCCUGGCCCUGUACCAGCGCCUCAUCAAGGCUGACCACUGGAAGCUCUACCUGGCAGCCAAGGGACUCCUACCCCACCUGGCUGGGCUCAUUGCCAAGGAAAUUCAUGUUCUAUCGACACUUGAGGAGACUACUUUGACCUCUGACCUCUCCCAAGGAUAUGCCCUCAAGAUGCUCACUGAUUUGCUAGCCUCUUUCCUGGAUGUAUCCACCAUCCGUCGUCAUUACAAGUCCAAGCUGCUAGGACCGGUCCUUCAUGGGUACUUGGCCCUUAGGAAGCUGGUGGUCCAACGUACCAAGCUGGUGGAUGAGACACAGCAGACACUCCUUGAACUACUGGAAGAGAUGACAUCAGGAACUGAGACGGAGACGAGAGCAUUCAUGGAGGUGUGUGUGGAUACAGUAAAGAGAUAUGGUCUAGAGGAUCUACGUACUCCAGUCUUCAUAUUUGAAAGGCUGUGCAGCAUUAUAUAUCCGGAGGAGAAUGAAGUUGGUGAGUUCUUUGUAACUUUGGAGAAGGACCCACAACAGGAAGACUUCCUCCAGGGUCGAAUGCAGGGCAACCCUUACAGCUCCAAUGAACCAGAUCUAGGACCCCUCAUGAGGGACGUCAAGAACAAGAUAUGUAGAGGUAGGCUUUAGAGAGAAAGAGGAAGAGAGGAAGAUAAAGUGUGAGAGUGUAAUAGAGGGCAAGAGAGAGAUAGAGUGAGAGUAAGAUAGGUGAAUUCUUUGUAAUGUUGGAGAAAGACCCACAACAGGAAGACUUCCUGCAGGGUCGGAUGCAGGGUAACCCAUAUAGCUCCAAUGAACCAGAUCUAAGGACCUCUCCUGAGAGACUUCAGAACAAGAUAUGUAGAGGUAGGUUCCCGUUUUCAUGUUGACAUUGUCGAUGUCAGGAUUAAUUUUUAAGCGACAUGUCGACAUGGAUUUUUGUUCCUGACAACAGCACUAGUCAUAGGACAUUCUUUUGAAUACACAUACCUUAGAUCACAAAACAAAUGAAUGAGAGUUUGGUAAAUGUGAGUUAUUUGUUUGUUUUAUUUUUCACUAUGCAUAACAAGAGAUGAAUUGGCAGAAUAUAAUGUAACAUUGAUAAGUUACAUUGAUAAUAAUACACAGUAAUUCAAUUAAAUUCAAUAUAUUUCACAUUUGCAUAAAAAAGAUGAUACAUAAACAUUUGCAGUGAUAAAAUAUAAUACAUAGGAUCACAAAAAAUACAGAAAACAAAUGUGUGGAAUUUAACAAAGUCCAAAAGCCUAUCAGUGGCACAUCCCAAACAGUUGUGAACAGAAAACAAGGAUUAAAAACAGAACUCAACAAGCAAAAACACAAAAGCCAAAAAAAAAACGGCUUAAGAAACAAUUCACAAGCUUAUAAGAAAAUUGUUAUAUUUUUGUUAAAAGGAGUUGAGUGAAGGGCAAGGUUUAAGAUCACUUGGUAAACUAUUCCAGGGAGUGGGUCCAACAUGUUUGAUUGUAGUUCAUGAGAAAUCAUAUUUAAAAUUUGGCAAAUAAAAGUUUUUAGACUGUCUGGUAAUGUCAUUACUUACAAAUUUGUUUUUCACAAAAAAAUCAUCAUCGAAAGAGUGAAGAGAAUUGUGGAGAAAUAAGUACAUGAAAAUUGCAAUUUUAUAAUUUUUGUAUUACUGAUUGAGAGUGAAUUAAGUUUUUGAACAAUGGUUGUGUAUUUGUUCUUUGGGAAGAAUUGGUAAUAACUCUCAUUGCACGUUUCUGUAAAACGAUUAUUCGGUUUAGAUGAACCAUUGCACAGUUACCCCAGAGUAUAUUACAAUAAUUGAACUAGGGCAAGACAAUUGAUUGAUAUAUCAUAAAAAGUACUUUAAUAAAAUUCAUUUUUUUUAAUCUGUUUAUUACACCAAUGGAUUUAGAAACUUUACAAGAUAUAUGAUUUAUGUGAUCUUUCCAAGUCAGUUUGUCAUCUAUGAUUACACCCAAAUAUCUUGUAGACUAACUACAGAAAUUUUACUUUUUUGAAUAUGUAAAUGUCAAAUUUAUGUAUACACUUCUAUAAGGUGAUGGAUUCUUGAGGUAUUUACAAUAAUUUUUUGCUUAUUGCACAAUUGUCUUAAUUCAUUAUCAAACCAUAAAACUAAGCAU